AUGGUAGCUUGGGCAGCUUUAGGCGCAAUGGGAACAAAAGCAUUAGCAUUUGGAGCAAAAGCACUUGGAGCUUAUGAUGCAGUAAAUAAAAUGAGUGGAGGAAGGGUUUCAAAGACAUUAGAUGCAAAUAAAGGAAAGAUUGGAGGCUGGGUUGCAAAGAAGUUAAGAUUAAAUAAAAUAGGGCUCAUAAAUAAAGCAUCCAAUUUGGUUGCGACUGAGUCAGAAAAUGCUUUAGGAAAGGACGAUGAUUUUGCAAAACACGCAAAAGACUUUAAUGACCAGAUGAAAGGUGAAACAAUGCAUUUAAAUAGAGUCGAUGGAACUAAAGAAAAUGUUUCUUCUCCACCAGUAGUUCUUCCGUAUGGUCCCUAUGGAAUGUAUGGAAACCCUUACGAAAGACCAUUU